AUGUCCCGUAUCCCCACUGCGGUUGCAUUGCGGAGAGGAGGAAUUGAUGCAGGCGACGGGUUAUGUCCUCUUUGCAGGUCUGAGGUUGAGACUGCUGAUCACCUUCUCACCUCUUGUAUCACGGCUUGCGUUCUGUGGCAAAAAGUUAGUAAAUGGUGUUGGAUUCCUCCGAUCUUCGCGUUUUCGACUAGAGAUCUCUUGGAGAUUCACAAAAAUGGCAGUCUUAAAGACAAGGAAAGGGAGGCUUUGCACGGGAUCAUCGUUGUUGCCUGUUGGUGCUUAUGGCUGGCCCGGAAUAAGGUGAAGUUCUCGGACGUGGAGGUUAAGGUUGAUAAUGUUUUCAGUGACGUGAAGUCUUUGGGUUUGUUGUGGUUUAAGAAUAGAUGUAAGAACAAUCCGAUUUCGUGGGCGGAUUAG